GGGCAAACAAUCCAUCUCCAUAGAAACAAGUCCAGCCCACGCCUCUCCAGCAAGCUCAAGGAGACCGAGAGAGAGGGAGAGAGUUUUGGUUAGGGAGACAUGACUCCCAGUCCAAAGCUAUGAGUAAGAGGCAAGUUUCCAACAUAUAGGCUAUUCGAGUUUUAUUGCAAUUUAAUUUGCGGAUUGCAAUUCCAUUGAAUGGGAAAUUCUACUUUGAAGAUGAUCAUGGAAGAGAGGCGCUACUUUGAGAUGAGCGGGCAGUCUGAGAGAGACGAUGACUGCCAACAAGAGUGCCAAGGCUGCACCACGAUCAGGAGGCUGUAAAGUAUCUCGCGACAUCCCAGAGAGGUGCCAGUCUGCGUCGCCUCCUCCCAUCCUCUCGCCCACCCAGGGGCAGCACCGCUCCCCGCUUAGCGACAGCGAGGACUCCGGGAAGCAGAGCAGAUACGUGAGGACCGACGGCCGGCUGCUGGGGAAAGCCAGCUGGGGCAGCAAGGCCGGCAGCCUGCGCAGCGGUGCCUCCCUCUCCACUGCCUGGGACGCCCAUAACCGCCUCACUAAGUCCAAGAGCAUCAGCUGCCUGGACAACAAGCUCUCCAUCUACAAGCCCUCAGGCCCAACCGCCCCUGUGGUUGUUCUGGAGGACCAGGGGGACGAGGCCCAGCACGACGCCCAGAAACAGGAGCAGCUCCCCGGGGGGGAUGGACUGAGCGACGGCCCCCUGAGCUGGAGCACCCUCUCUCUGGGACCGUCGACCAACCACGGCCACAAGCGCAGCCUCUCUCUCAGCCGCCCAGCCCCGGGCGCUUCCUCGGCCACCAUCCGCAAGAAGAUCUCGGAAUGGGAGUGCAGGAGGGUGGCUCUGCCUAGGAUGAGCCUGUGUCUGGAGAAGAGGCCCGGAAGUGAGCGCGUCGGCGGCAGCGAGGGCUGCCCCAGCCUGCUGUCCUCACCCUGCAGCGAGAAGACCUUCGACUUCAAGGGGAUCCGGAGGAUGAGCACGGCCUUCUCCGAGUGCUCCUACCCCGAGACGGAGGAAGAAGAGGCCGCCUCGGACAGGGAGGGCCUGGGCCGCUUCCAGAAGAGGAUAGGCAAGAAAGAACCUUCAGGAAUAUUCCUGCGCUCCCUCUCCGCCCGCAAGGACACAUCCGCCGUCCUCAGCAGGAUCCAGAAAAUCGAGCAAGCCCUGAAGGAGAGCCCCGGCCCGGCUCCUCCUCAGUAUCUCAACAACUGCUACGCGCCAGACAAGGCCAGACAGAAGUCUUUCACCAUAGGCGGGAUCGACGACCUCGACAGCGCGUGCACUAGCAAGCGCAGCAGCAUCUGCUCGGUAGCCACCGAGCCGGAUGCGCCCCCCUCCUCCUCCUCCGACAAGCUCUCCAGACUGAGACAGAGGUUCAGCGUGAGCUCCACCCGCUCCGAGAGCCCGGAGCCCCCCGCGCCGCUGACCCCGGGGGGCACGCCCGUCAACCCCCUGCCCAAACCCAAACGCACCUUCGAGUACGACGCCGACCGCAACCACAAGGGCACGUCGCCGAGCAACGGGUUGCCUGCCGGCGGCGCCUCCGAGGCGCCCCCGCCCCUGCCCUCCACGCCGGCCCCCAGCAUGAUGAGGGCGCCCAAGACAGACGGGAGCUCACCCAAGAGACUCCAGGAGAGGGAGUCGUGUGAGUGGGAGAGCGCGGCCAGCCAGCCGUCCUCACAGCCGUCCUCGCCCACAGAGAACGGCACCAUCCCUGCCGAGUCCCGCAGUCGACCCGUCUCCAAAAGCACUUUAGAGGAGAACGCCUAUGAGGACAUAGUAGGUAAAUAUCGAGCCCACUUAGGGAAUGUCGGAGAACUGGAUAGAUCCAGUCAUGACCUCGUACCUGACCAAUCUACAUGUGUGGGUUUGACUAAUGAGGCCCGUGUGUGUGUGUGUGUGUAUGUCGUUUCCUGUCUGCGUGCAAAUGUGUAUGCCCUUCCGCAUGGGGAUGGGAAUGUGUGUGUGUGUGUGUGUUUCCCUUGCAGUGAGACCUUCUCGUUCAUGUUGACCGGAGAGGAUGGCAGCAGGAGGUUUGGCUACUGCAGGCGUUUGCUGCCCAGUGGGAAAGGACCGCGGCUCCCUGAGGUGUACUGCGUCAUCAGUCGGUUGGGCUGCUUUGACCUGUUCUCUAAGAUCCUAGAUGAGGUGGAGAGGCGCAGGGGAGUCUCCGCUGCCCUGGUGUACCCCUUCAUGAGGAGUCUGAUGGAGUCCCCCUUCCCUGCUCCGGGAAAGACCAUCAAGGUCAAGACCUUCCUGCCUGGAGCAGGAAAUGAGGUCAUUGAGCUGAGGAGACCCAUGGACUCCAGGCUGGAGCACGUGGACUUCCACAGCCUGUUCAGCUGCCUGGGCGUGCGCCAGGUGGUCAGGGUUUUCGCCUCCCUGCUGCUGGAGCGACGGGUCAUCUUCGUGGCGGACAAUCUGAGCACCCUGUCCAGCUGCAUCCAUGCGGUGGUGGCCCUGCUCUACCCGUUCUCCUGGCAACACACCUUCAUCCCCGUGCUGCCUGCCUCCAUGGUGGACAUCGUCUGCUGCCCCACUCCCUUCCUCGUGGGCCUGCUCUCCAGCUCGCUGCCCAAACUCAAAGAUCUGCCUGUGGAGGAGGCUCUUAUGGUGGACCUGGGAACUGACCGCUUCAUCAGACAGAUGGACGACGAGGCCUCGCUGUUACCAAGGAAACUUCAGGCGGCUCUUGAGCAAGCUCUUGAGCAGAGGAACGACAUCAUCAAUCAGGACUCUGACAGCGAGUCGGACGAAGAGUGCAACUCCCUGAACAGCCUGGUGUCGGAAGCUUUCAUCAGGUUCUUCCUGGAGACCAUCGGACACUACUCCCUGUUCCUCACUCAGAACGAGCGAGGGGAGCGCAUCUUCCAGCGCGAGGCCUUCCGCAAGUCGGUGGCCUCCAAGAGCAUCCGGCGCUUCCUGGGGGUCUUCAUGGAGUCCCAGAUGUUUGCUGGCUUCAUCCAGGACCGUGAGCUCAGGAAGUGCAGGGCCAAAGGCCUUUUUGAGCGAAGGGUUGAACAGUACCUGGAGGAGCUACCAGACACCGAGCAGAGUGGGGUCAACAAGUUCCUCAAGGGCCUAGGAAGUAAAAUGAAGUUUCUUCACAAAAAGAAUUGAGGAUAUUUUCUACUGUACGUGCCAAAUACCAGACCAAUAGACCCUGUGGAACGACCGACUGCAAAUGAACAACCCGGCACACCAAGACUGUGUACUCUGUAGAACUACUCACUUGUUUGUCAAUGUGUCGAAGAAAGGUCCAAACGUUUGUACAUAUGACUUCACUGUUUCACUGUUAUCACUGUCUGUGAUACCCUCCUGUGUAGCUUGGACGUUGGGUGUCUGGUACCCUUGUCUAUGAAGCUAGUUCUAGAAUGACGGUACCAAGUGAAUUUGCCUGUGUUCCAGAGUAACCACUGUCAUCUAGUCAGACUGAGCGAGUGACUGUGAGCCUAUGUGAGGUGGAUGUAUAGUUUUCCAUGGAUCUGACGAUGAUUUUCUAUUUGACAUCGGCGCAGUCCUCUCCUCUGCUGACAGAGCUGUACAACUGUACGCCUGGACGAGAGGCUUUUGUACAUGCAUUAACAUAUGAAGAAAACGACUGUAAAUGUUCCAGACAUGCAUUGCUUUGUAAAAUUCAGUAAUUAAACAUUCAUACGACUUC